CGCAUAUACGGGUUGCCAAAGUGCGUUUCGCACGGGCCUACUUCCUUUCGCUCCGACAUCUUGACGAGGAAACAUGCCUCCCAAGACUGACAAGAAAAAGGACACUGGAAAGUCCAAGAAGGACAAGGACCCAGUUAACAAGUCUGGAGGCAAAGCCAAGAAAAAGAAGUGGUCCAAAGGAAAAGUGAGGGACAAGCUGAACAACCUGAUCCUCUUCGACAAGGCCACCUACGAAAAGCUGUACAAAGAAGUUCCCAACUACAAGCUUAUCACACCUGCCGUUGUGUCUGAGAGGCUGAAGAUCCGUGGCUCCUUGGCCAGGAACGCCCUGCAGGAACUGCUUGCUAAAGGCAUGAUCAAGCUCGUGUCUAAACACAGAGCCCAGCUCAUCUACACGCGUAACACCAAGGGCGGAGAUGAGGAGGCAGCUGCUGAGAAAGCAUAAUCAGGUUCUCUCGUUUCCUUUGUAAUGGAAGUUAAAUAAAAUGUAAAGACAAA